AUGGCCAAAAAGCAAGCUGCUGGGGAGAAUAGCAGAAAGGCCGCAGGGAACGCCAAGAAGGCUGAAGUCGCUGCAGCGAAAGCGGCAGUUGAAAACAAUAAAAAGGCUCAAGCAGAGGCCGAGGAAUGGAAUAAGGGAGCAAAGAGCAAUUCAAAGGCUGAAGCUGCAGCUGCCAAAAAAGCAGAAGCAGAUCGGAAAAAAGCAGAAAAGGAUGCUUUGUUGAAGGCUGAGGAAGCUGAUACGCCUUCUGGCCCUAAGAAUUCGAAGAAAGCCGAAAAGAAGCCUGCCGUUAAAAGAGGUCUCGACCUAUCACAACUUGAUGACUCUCCUACUAGUGCUAGCCCAAAAUCUGCUUUGAAUGCUUCUGGUAUCGAUAACGCGUUGGAUGCAUUGGCAUUGACAUCGAAUACGAAAGAAAAGGUUGACAGACAUCCAGAAAGGAGGUUUAAGGCUGCUUACGCGGAAUUUGAGGAGAGGAGAUUGGCUGAAAUGGAUAAUGAUGGUAGCGGAGCGGGAUUAAGGAAGAACCAAAGGCAAGAGAGGAUCAGGAAAGAGUUUGAGAAGAGUCCUUUGAAUCCUUUUAACCAGGUCACCGGAAACUAUGAUUCUACAAAGGACGAGUUGGAGGAGAUUAGGCAGGGUGUGAAAGCCAAUGUCGAGGCAAGGCUAGCAGGCAACUAG